AAUAAAGUCAACACCUUUUAGGUUCGCUGCUCGUUGAUCCGGUGAAUUCUUAUCUCCUCCAUCUUCGUUGUCGUCUGGAUUCGUGUGGAUUCACGAAUCAAAAAAAAAGAUCUUAUUUUUUCGGAUUGUUUAUUGCUGUAAAGUCGGGACCUUUGAGCUAUAGAAAGAAAGAGGUUUUUUCUCUCGAUGGCUAUGGUGACUCCAAUUCCAGCAAUGGAGGAAAGAGCUGGAUCCAUGAGAUUCCACGGAAUGGGUAGCCCCGGAUCAAGAUCAAGUAGGAGCAGCGUUACGGAAGAGCCUGUCUCGAGGCUGAUCGAUGAGAAAAUCUUCGUUGCUGUGUGUAAAGAUGUGGGUAAGAGCAAGUCUACACUCAUCUGGGCAUUGCAGAACACUGGAGGGAAGAAGAUUUGUCUUGUUCAUGUUCAUCAGCCCUCUCAGAUGAUUCCAGUUAUGGGCGCCAAGUUUCCUGUUAGUUCUGUGAAGGAGGAAGAAGUCAGGGUUUUCCGGGAAAAAGAAAGGGAAAAAGUGCAUAUGGUUCUAGACGAGUAUCUUCGUAUUUGCCAGCAGAGAGGGGUGAGGGCAGAGAAGAUGUUUAUUGAAAUGGAAUCCAUCGAGAAUGGAAUUGUGGAACUGAUCGCGGAGCUUGGAAUCAGGAAGCUUGUCAUGGGAGCAGCUGCAGAUAAACACCAUUCAAAGAAAAUGACGGAACUAAAGUCAAGGAAAGCUAUCUUCGUAUGCAGAGAAGCUCCUGCUCUUUGUCAAAUAUGGUUUACUUGCAAAGGAUACUUAAUACAUACAAGGGAAGCUGCGGAUGAGAGUGAAUCAGAAUAUGCAUCUCCACGUCCUUCCAUAAGUGGAAGCGAGAUACUUGAAGCUUUCUCUACACCGGAGUCUGAGCAUCUGCAUAGCACUGAUUCACUUCACCGAUCAGAAAGCAAUGGAAGUUCAACUGAACACAGUGGGAGGGUGUCAGAUGGAUCAUUAAGUACUGAUGAUGAGGAGGAGAGAGAACCUGACGGCAGUGGAGUAAGGAGAAGUGCAAAAGUUAUGAAUACAGUUGAACAGCGUUCUGGCCACUCACAUCCCUCCAGUUUUCCGGAUGGAGUGGAUGAUUCAUUUAAGGAUAAAAUCAGACAAGCUACUUCAGAGGCUCAAAGUUCUAAACGAGAAGCUUUUGCAGAGACUGCUAGGCGUCAGAAAGCUGAGAAAAAUGCACUUGAUGCAAUCAAAAAGGCUAAACAAUCAGAAAGUGCUUAUUCUGAGGAGUUGAAGCGAAGGAAAGAUACUGAGGUAGCACUAGCGAAAGAAAAAGAGAGACUUGUAACAAUAAAAAAAGAACAGGAAGUAGUCAUGGAAGACGUUCAAAGUGCAGUGGCACAUAAAAAGAUGCUUGAGAAUCAAAUAGCAGAAUCUGAGGCUACGAUCGAAAAGCUAAACCAGAAACUUGACAUAGCUGUGAAGUUGUUACAGAAGUUGAAAGAUGAACGAGAGGAGUUGCAGGCAGAACGUGACAGAGCACUUAGAGAAGCUACGGAGUUGAGGAGUCGUGCAGAGACCUCAACGCUACAGUCACCUCAGUACUUCACGCAUUUUACUUUCUCCGAGAUUGAGGAAGCAACUAAUCGGUUUGAUUCGACACUGAAGAUUGGGGAAGGAGGUUAUGGAACCAUCUACGUUGGUUUGCUGCGUCAUACUCAGGUGGCUAUUAAAAUGUUGAAUCCUAACAGUCCACAGGGUCCAGUGAAAUAUCAGGAGGAGGUUGAUGUGUUAAGCAAAAUGAGACAUCCAAAUAUCAUCACUUUGAUUGGAGCUUGUCCAGAGGGGUGGAGUCUUGUCUAUGAGUAUCUUCCCGAUGGAAGCCUAGAAGACAGACUUAAUUGCAAGGACAACUCUCCACCAUUAUCAUGGCAAAGCCGUGUACGCAUUGCCACUGAGAUAUGCGCAGCACUCGUCUUUCUUCAUUCCAAUAAAGCUCAUAGCGUAGUACACGGUGAUUUAAAGCCAGCAAGUAUUCUUCUCGAUACCAAUCUCGUUAGCAAGUUAAGUGACUUUGGAAGAAAAAGUUCGUCAUCUGCUUACUUGGAUCCAGAAGCUUCUAGUGAUGGGGAGGAGCUAACUCCGAUGUCAGAUGUUUACUCCUUUGGGAUUAUAUUACUACGCUUGCUGACAGGGAGACCUGCCUUAGGGAUAGCGGAUGAAGUGAAGGAGGCCAUCGAAUCUGGAACACUGAUCGACCUUUUGGACCCUUUAGCUGGUGACUGGCCCUUUGUUCAGGCUGAGCAGCUUGCUCGCUUGGCGUUGAGGUGCUGUGAGACUGUUAGUGAGAAUCGUCCAGACCUUGCCACUGAAGUAUGGAGGGUACUUGAACCUAUGAGGGCUUCUAGUGGAGGAUCUUCAUCGUUUCAUCUCGGUCGUAAUGAGCAGCGCAUAGCCCCUCCAUAUUUCAUUUGUCCCAUUUUCCAGGAAGUCAUGCAGGAUCCACAUGUAGCUGCAGAUGGUUUCACAUAUGAAGCAGAGGCUAUAAGAGCGUGGCUGGACAGUGAACACGAUACUUCACCAAUGACCAAUGACAAGCUCUCCCACACCAGCCUUAUAGCUAACCAUGCUCUUCGUUCUGCAAUUCAGGAGUGGCUUCAACAUAAUUGCUGAAAUGAAAUCCUUCAAAUUGUCAACCCCUGUUACCACAAGUAACCUCUCAUGUAAAAAAGGUUUUCUCAUUCUCUUUUUCUGUGGGAGGCAACAGAGAGUGAGUGAGUUAGAUUAGUUUUUUUUUUCCAUUAUACACAUACAUAUGAUCUCUCCACGGAUAACAUAUAUUGUCUACUUUAUCAAACGUAGUGUAAAUCUUCCAUAUUCGACUGAUGUGAUUUGUCUGUGUAUAUGUAAUAUGUUGUGCAUGAAAAGG